AGAGUCUCACACUGUUGCCCAGGCUGGAAUGCAGUGGUGUGAACCGACUCACCGGCUCACUGCAACCUCCGACCUCCUGGGUUCAAGCGAUUCUCCUGCCUUAGCCUCUUGAGUAGCUGAGAUUACAGGCAUUCACCGCUGUGUCCAGCUGAUUUUUGUAUUUUUAGUAGAGAUGAGGUUUCACCAUGUUGGACAGGCUGGUCUUGAACUAAUGACCUCAGGUGAUCCACCCGCCUCAGCCUCCCAAAGUGCUGGGAUUACAGGCAUGAGCCACCGCACCCGGCCCUAUCUCAAGCUUCUUAACUGCACCUGCUAAAUCUCUUUUGCCAUGUAAGGUAACAUACUAACAGGUUUCAGAGAUUAGGAUGUGGACAUUUUGGGGGGCUGUUUUCUGCCUGCAAUACCUGCUCUCCAGUGAAUCCAUGUUUAGUGGAGGACAACAUUUGAGGCACUUACAUGGAUGCUAGGGGACAUAUAUGUGAAUGUUAGGCAAAAGUCCUGCCUGAAGCCGGAAAAUACCUUUUUAAUAUUAGUUUUUUUCACCCAAUUUGAUGUAUUAUUCUAUCCCACUUAAAAUACAUGAACUAAUAAAACCAGAUUUUUUUCACCUGUGUGGUUGCUGUUCAGGAAUAUAGGCUCAAUGUUGUCUCACAUCAGCAUCUGUAUGUGAGAUUUUUUAAUUUUUGUAACCCGAUGUAAAUCAUAGCAGCUUUAUUGGCCAAAUCCAGCCUGCUGGCCAGUUUACAACUGCUGCUUUAGGAUUAGUGAUGUGAUCCAAUGACAGAUCAUAGUUGGGAUUGGAAUCCCGGAUGUUUAAACUGUCUCAAAUGGUAAGUAGGCAUCAACCAGUCAGAUUAGUCAAGUGGCAGGGGGGAUAAAGGACAGGGUGCUGCAAGCAAAAGGAGCAUCAUGAACAAAGGCAAGAUCAGUGUGAGCAGAGAAAGGAAGGCCAUUUAGCAGACUGGCAAGAUAGGUCUGACUCUUAUUGGUUGCAACCCUAAAGAAUUUUACAUAAAUCUUCACAUAACUAAAGAUUUAAGUGGGCUAGAGGCAAGGCCAUAUUCUCAUCCACCCAGCACUAAAUCUUGUCUCCUGAGCUCUGAAGUGGCUGACAGUUGGUAUUACCUUCUGUCUGACAUCCAGCAGGAUCUAUUUUCUCCAGCAUUGCAAGCAGAUCUCAAGACUCCAUCUGGCUAGGUCAGCUUGGGUCUGAAGCCCACCAGUCACUAUGCCUAGGGAGAUGGGAUGGAUGGAUUAGCUUAAUCUAGCGUUUGAUCCAUACUUAAAGCUGGGGAUGCAGUUCCCUUCCCCACAACCAGAGGGCUCCCCAAAUGGAACUGAGAUAAGUGGGUAGGGGGAGCAAAUGCUAGGACAACAUAGGUAACACCUCUUGAAUCCUGCUAAUAUGUGAUCUCUGCAUCCUAGAGUCAGGGACUUAAUGGAUAAAGGUGGUAUGGACAUGUUGAGAAGGCCUCAUUUGAGUGAGGAAUGACCCUGCUUGUUUCAGAUCAGAUAUUUAAGGUAAAAGUUAAGCUGCUUGAACAAAAGACCCCCAAAUGCAGAGGGCUUAACAAGACACGUUUUUAUUUUUCUCAUUUUGCAGAGCUCAGUUUUCCAUAGCUGGGAGGUGGGGAGUCUGGCGUCUUCACAAUACUUCCAUUUCUGAAUUCAGGUUGGCUGAUCCCAUGGACACGUCUCAGUCAGCAGAGAAAGGAAAAGGGCAACGGAUGUAUAUUUUUGUCAUGGCUUCAUCUAAGUGAUGCACAUUCCUUUGACUCGAUUCUCAUUGGCCAUUAUAAAUCAUAAACCAGACAGGUGGGAGGAUGGGGUCUGUAGUGGGUGGUCAUAUGCCCACUUAAAACUUGUCACAUUGGAAGUGAGGAGCGCCUCUGCCCGGCCGCCCUGUCUGGGAGGUGAGGAGCUUCUCUGCCUGGCCGCCCCGUCUGGGAAGUGAGGAGCGCCUCUGCCCGGCCGCCCAUCGUCUGGGAUGUGAGGAGCACCUCUGCCAGCCGCCCCGUCUGGGAAGUGAUGAGCGCCUCUGCCUCGCAGCCCUGUCUGGGAGGUGAGGAGUGCCUCUGCCCGGCCGCCCUGUCUGGGAGGUGAGGAGCGCCUCUGCCCGGCCGCCCUGUCUGGGAGGUGUACCCAACAGCUCCAAAGGGACAGCGACCAUUGGGAGUGGGCCAUGAGGACAAUGGCGGUUUUGUUGAAAAGAGAGGGGGGGAAGUGUGGGGAAAGGAAGGAGAGAUCAGAUUGUUGCUGUGUCUGUGUAGAAAGAGGUGGGCAUAGGAGACUCCAUUUUGUUCUGACUAGGAGAAAUUCUUCUGCCUUGGGAUGCUAUUGAUCUAUGGCCUUCCCCCCAGCCCCCUGCUCUCUGAAACAUGUGCUUUGUCAACUCAGGGUUAAAUGGAUUAAGGGUGGUGCAAGAUGUGCUUUGUUAAACAGAUGCUCGAAGGCAGCAUGCUCUUUAAGAGUCAUCACCACUCCCUAAUCUCAAGUACCCAGGGACACAAACACUGCAGAAGGCCGCAGGGACCUCUGCCUAGGAAAACCAGAGACCUUUGUUCAUGUGUUUAUCUCCUGACCUUCUCUCCACUAUUAUCCUAUGACCCUGCCAUAUCCCCCUCUCCGAGAAACACCCAAGAAUGAUCAAUAAAUACUUAAUAAUAAAAAAAAAAAACUUGUCACAUUUCAGGUAUGAGAUUCAGGUGACUAUUCUAAGUACUUUUCCUGUCCUGUCUGAUCCUGAACCACAUGUCAGCUGCUUCUCUCUUUGGCUUGUGCCUCCUGCCUGCGGCUAGGGUGCCCAUCACUAGUUAGGUCCCAUGGUGGAGGGAGUCCCUGCAGCUAAGGCACCAUGCUUGAAAGGGGAAAGCGGCUGUAACAGAAUUUGCUGCGGGCCCUCACCUGAAUUCCCCACCACAGUUCCUCUCAUUGCUGACACCAUGCGGGAAUAACCAUCAAAACGUCUCCUACCAGGGACCUCUCCUGUCUUCCUGGUCCUUGUCUAACGAUCUUCUGGUCCCAGCAAUGUGCUCAGGACACAGUGACCGCACUUCUCCAACCACCCUCCUCCCCUAAGUGGCACUUUUUGCCUGGAACUUAAAAUUUUAAAAGAGGAUGACCUCAAGCAUCGUCCAGCUCUGAAAGGCCCCGGGAUUCCAACAGACCAGCUCAGAAAAACUAGAAAUGGCCCUAAGAAGUGACAGGGAAAAGUAAAGGAGUUUACGAAGCCCAGCCAGCUCCAACUCCAGGACGCACACUCCAGCUCCCACUAGAGGAGCUGUCGGGGCCGUAGAUCCCUAGUCGCAGAGAUGAGGUCGAGUAAUUUCCAAAAGGGGACAUUUGCUCUCACAGAAGAACCAAGAAGGAAGCCGGUGGGAUUAGAGUAGCGGCAAUCACUCAGACCGCGCCCAGCGCUGCCUGCUCCCGCAGUACCAAUAGUGAACGCAAGACAUUUAGUAUGCCUGUUUCUAGAGCUAAGACCCGUCGCCCGGGCUGUGUCCGAAAACCGCCAGUCCCUCUGAGCCAGUCCCUCUGCGCAAGCCCGAUCACACGUCUGCGUGUGAUGAUGCCGCGUGCCGGCGCUACCGGAAGACCGCCUGCCGGAGCGCGGGAAUUUUCUCUCCCAAUCUCCGGCCGGAUCUCCCUUUCACUUCCGGUCCUCCCUUGCACUUCCGGUCCCUUUCUUUUACGUUUCCCACAAAACAUCAGGCUCUGUGGGCAGUUAGAAUCUUCAGUUCCUGUGAGCAUCGCUUCGUCCGGGCACUUCCGGACGAAGUUCACUUCCUGUCCCUUUCUUUUACGUUUCCGACAAAACAGUGUCUGUGGGCAGUUAGACGCUUCAGUUUCUGUGAGCGUCCGCUUCGUCUGGGCACUUCCGGUACUCCCAUUCACUUCCGGUCCCUGUCUUUUACGUUUCCGGCAAAACAUCAGUGUCUGUGGGUAGUUAGAAUCUUCAGUUCCUGUGAGCGUCGGCUUCGUCUGGGCACUUCCGAUACUCCCGUUCACCUCCGGUCCCUUUCUUCUACGUUUCCGACAAAACAUCAGUGUCUGUGGGUAGUUAGAAUCUUCAGGUCCUGUGAGCGUCGGCGUCUUCUGGGCCUGUGGAGUUUCUUGGACAGGGGCCUCGGGGCUCCAGGACGGCGCCCUUAGCGACACCAUGGCCCGAAAUGCAGAAAAGGCCAUGACGGCCUUAGCAAGAUUUCGCCAGGCUCAGCUGGAAGAGGGAAAAGUGAAGGAACGAAGACCCUUUCUGGCCUCAGAAUGUACUGAGCUGCCUAAAGCUGAGAAGUGGAGACGACAGAUCAUUGGAGAGAUCUCUAAAAAAGUGGCUCAGAUUCAGAAUGCUGGUUUAGGUGAAUUUCGAAUUCGUGACCUGAAUGAUGAAAUUAACAAGCUGCUAAGGGAGAAAGGACACUGGGAGGUCCGGAUAAAGGAGCUGGGAGGUCCUGAUUAUGGAAAAGUCGGCCCUAAAAUGCUGGAUCAUGAAGGAAAAGAAGUCCCAGGAAACCGAGGUUACAAGUACUUUGGAGCAGCAAAAGAUUUGCCUGGUGUUAGAGAGCUGUUUGAAAAAGAACCUCUUCCUCCUCCCAGAAAGACACGUGCUGAGCUCAUGAAGGCAAUCGAUUUUGAGUACUAUGGUUACCUAGAUGAAGAUGAUGGUGUUAUUGUGCCUUUGGAACAGGAAUAUGAAAAGAAACUCAGAGCUGAGUUAGUGGAAAAGUGGAAAGCAGAGAGAGAGGCUCGGCUGGCAAGAGGAGAAAAGGAAGAGGAGGAGGAAGAGGAGGAAGAGAUCAACAUCUAUGCAGUCACCGAGGAGGAGUCGGACGAGGAAGGCAGCCAGGAGAAAGGAGGGGAUGACGGCCAGCAGAAGUUCAUUGCUCAUGUCCCCGUUCCCUCGCAGCAAGAGAUUGAGGAGGCACUGGUGCGAAGGAAGAAAAUGGAACUCCUCCAGAAGUAUGCAAGCGAGACCCUGCAGGCCCAAAGUGAAGAAGCCAGAAGGCUCCUGGGGUAUUAGGACCCAGCUGGGGCUCUCCUUGGAGUUCUUCCAUCCCUGAGUGGUACCUCAGGACCCAGGGCUGCAGACAGGCAGGCUGGUGCUGCAAGGGCUCCUGCCCCAUUCUCAGCCUUCCUUCCCUCUCGUCUCAUGUUGACCGGAGGGUAGGGGUCUGUCCCUGGUCUUCCUGGUAGGUUUUGUACACAUAUUUUGCUACUGUGUGGAUCCAUUUAUUUUUAUUGUGGAGUGUAUACAACAGGUUGCGAACUGGCUGCCUGUGGCUUAUUUUGACUUGCACUGCGAUUUUGAGGGGAGAAGAAUCAAUUAGUGGCAAACAUUUAAAAAUGCAAUUUUUUGCAGACCAAAGUAUAAUUUUAAAAAAUGCAAAUUUUCUAAAAGACACAUCUCUUAAAAAAUGAGAUGAUGUGGCAAGGCAUAGUGGCUCACACCUGUAACCCCAGCACUUUGGGAGGCCGAGGCGGGCGGGUCACGAGGCCAAGAGAUCAAGACCAUCCUGACCAACAUGGUGAAACCCCAUGUCUACUAAAAAUACAAAAAAAUUAGCUGGGCGUAGUGGCAUGCACCUGUAGUCCCAGCUGCUUGGGAGGCUGAGGCAGGAGAAUCACUUGAACCUGGGAGGUGGAGGUUGAAGUGAGCCGAGAUCGUGCCACUGCACUCCAGCCUGGCGACAGAGUGAGACUCUGUCCCCCCCCCCCAAAAAAAAGAGAUGAUAUGUCAGCCCUGAGCACGCAACCCACAAGUCAAUGACCAGGUCCCUCUGUGUUGGUCGCUGCUCUGGGCUCUCUGUUAGCCCCCCUCCACCUGCUCCACUCGCUCCUGCCUGGGUGGCAGGAAUUUGAGUUUGCUACUCCUGUUUUAUAACCCAUUCUGCAGAAACCUAUUUUUAUUAAAGAUUUUUAUAAGAAAGGGAAA